UCGAACGAAGGUGGUCGUCGAACGAGGUGGUUCGCGUUAGAGGGUCUCAACAAGGAAGGGAAAAAGGAGCUUUUUUUUUGUUCGUUGAAAGCUUGAAGUGAUUGUGUGUGUGCGCCAAGAACACGUUUGGUUUGGUGGGGACGCUUGAUAUUCGGUUCGGUUAGAGAGUAGUGACAUUGGUCCCCGUGAAGAGUGGAAGGACAAGUUCGUGACGGAAAAACUUGACCCGAGCCGACGACGUUGGAAAAGGGAGAGAAAGAGAGGGUAGGGAAACUGGUCCAGCAGCAGUUUGUGCGCGUCGUUAUUAAUUGUGUCUAGGCAUUUCGAAGCGAAGAAUUUCAACUCCAGACAUGAAACUUUUUCACAUCGCCCUCGUGGCGACAGCAUUCGCCAUAGCCGCUGCCUUCCCAACCCCCCAAGAUGCGGUUGUACCAGCAGCCGGCAAGCCGGUUGAAGCCGCUGAAAAGUCCACAGAAGAAGCUGUCCUAAAACCCGCUGAAGUUAAGAUCGCCGAAGUCAAGGCCGCCGAACCUGUGGUAACCGAAGCAGAAACCAAAGAAAAGGUCGAGGAGGUUAAAAUGGUGGAGAAGAUUGAGGUUAAGGUUGAGGUCAAGGCCGUCCCGGAGGGAAUGAAGAUCCCAGCCGUGGUGCACGUCACCGAGGUUCAGGAACCGAUCGCAAAGACGACUGAGGUUAAAGCUGAGGAACCUGCUCCGAAAGCAGCGACGACGGAAGAGAAGACUGAAGUAAAGGCGGAGAAGAUUGAUGAAGUUAAGCCUGAAGCGGGAGUCAAGUCUAAAGCUGUCGAGGAUCAGGUCGUUGAAGCUACUGCGGAAACAAAGCCCGCUGUUGAAGAAGCGCCGAAAGCUAAGAUCGCCGAGGUUGAGCCAGAGAAGGUUGAGACUAAGGCUGAGGAGAAGGUAGAGGAGGUUAAGGCUGUGGAAGCAAAGGCUGAAACUAAGGCGGUUGAAGAAGUCAAGCCGGUAGCGGAGACCAAGAUUGAAAUAGUGGCUGUCGCGGAACCUGCCAAGGCUCUGCCAGAAGUCGUUGCUGAAGAAAAGAAGGAAGCUGUUGAGGAGAAAAAAGAAGUGGCUGUUGAAGAAGUUAAACCAGUUGUCCAGCUGAAGAGUGACGUUCCCUCUCCCGUGGCCGUGCCGAUCGUUGAGGAUCUGAAGGCAAUCAAAAAUGUAGAAUCUGAGCCAGUCUACCGUUCCAUCCCGGUUGCCGUUGUCCAGGACGGUGAAGAGGAAAAGAAGGUCGAGAAGCCAGCGGUCAAAGCUGUUGAGAAGGUCGAGACGGUCGAGAAGGUUGAGGAACCGACACCAGUUGCAGCCAAGACCGUUGAAGAGCCCAAAGCUGUAGAGGAGAAGAAGGAAGUCAAGCAGGAAGAUGCUCCCGUUGAGAAGAAGGAAACUCCAGUCGUGAAGGCGAUCGAAUCCGAAGUUGCCAAGUCGGCUGUUGAUCCAGUUCAGGCUACAACCUCAGAAACCGUUCAAGUUACUCCAAUGGAAGCCGCCGUUGAGAAGCGUGAAUCCGUUGAAGCCGAAAAGCCGACAGAACCAAAAGUCUUCGUCGUCGAGGCCAAGAGCGUGCCCGAGAGCAAGAGCGAGUCCAAACCGGAUGUAGUGGCCGAACCGGCAGCCAAAGUCGAGGAAGGGAGUUCAACCAAAAGCCAGCUCGCCGAGAAAGAAGCUGCGGAUAAGGGUGACGGUGACAGUUCAGCAGCUAAGUCGUCCGAAGAGCUAAAGCAGGCUGCCCCAAAAGUGGCGGAAAAGUCGGACGAUUCGACGACCGCCGAAACCGCACCUGCUCCGGUCAAGGUCGAGGGCAAAAAGGGAAAGAAGAAGUUGCCAGGUUCGAACUAAAAACACACACACAACAUACAAUCAAACUUCCGAGGAUACCGAAAGCGUCUGCAACAGGAACAGCAAAAGUCGUAACCGCUGGAUGUAAGCUCGGCCAUUCAAGAGACAAUCCUGUUGACAGGAUGUGCUUCACACAAACACUUGUAGGCUUAAGUUAGACUAAGCAAACUUGAAGAUUACUGCGCUUUGGAAAUUUUAUCAACUGGAAAGUUGGAUACUUUCUUUGAUAUGAUAAAUAAAAAUAUUUUUUUUAGUUAUAUUUAAGAAAAAUCAACAAAACAUGCAAUUCAACGAAAAGUCCAGUGUGUUUUAUGACGCUUGAAGUAGAUUUAGUUGUAAGGAACAAAUAAAGUAUUUAAAACACA